AUGGAGGGCGCGGGCGACGAGCGGGCGCCGCUGCUGGGCGCGCGACGGACGGCGUUCGAGGGCCGGCGCGCGGCGUGCGCGGCCGUGCUGCUGACGGAGCUGCUGGAGCGCGCCGCCUUCUACGGCGUCACGGCCAACCUGGUGCUGUUCCUCAACGGCACGGCGUUCGGCUGGGAGGGCGCGGAGGCCAGCCAGGCGCUGCUGCUCUUCAUGGGCCUCACCUAUUUGGUCUCGCCGUUCGGGGGCUGGCUCGCCGAUGCGCGGCUCGGCCGGGCGCGCGCCAUCCUGCUCAGCCUGGCGCUCUACCUGCUCGGCAUGCUGGCCUUCCCGCUGCUGGCCGCGCCCGCUACACGCUCGGCGCUCUGCGGGGCCCCAGGCCCUGCGAACGUCCGCAAUUGCUCGGCGCCGCCGUGUACCGACGCGCCCGCUCGCUACUGCGCGCCCGCGGUGCUGUCCGCGCUCGCUCUAGUGGGCCUGGGCGUGGGCGCGGUCAAGGCCAACAUCACGCCCUUUGGCGCAGACCAGGUUAAAGAUCGGGGUCCAGAAGCCACGCGAAGAUUUUUUAAUUGGUUUUAUUGGAGCAUUAAUCUGGGAGCGAUCGUCUCACUGGGGGGCAUUGCCUACAUCCAGCAGAACGUGAGCUUUGUCACCGGCUACGCCAUCCCCGCUGUCUGCAUCGGUGUUGCUUUCGUGGUCUUCCUGUGCGGCCAGACCUUUUUCAUCACCAAGCCGCCCGACGGCAGUGCCUUCACCGACAUGUUCAGGAUAUUGGUCUAUUCCUGCCGCCCUCAGAAGCGCAUCGGGGAGCACAGUCCUAGCGGUGAAGGCAUUGGAGUCUUUCAGCAAUCUUCUAAACACAGUCUGUUUGAUUCAUGUAAGAUGUCUCGAGGAGGGCCAUUCCCAGAAGAUAAAGUGGAAGAUGUGAAAGCUCUUGUCAAGAUUGUCCCCGUUUUCUUGGCUUUGAUACCUUACUGGACAGUGUAUUUUCAAAUGCAGACGACGUAUGUUUUACAGAGUCUUCAUUUGAAGAUUCCAGAAAUUUCCAGUAUUACAACCAAUCCUCAUACGUUUCCGGCAGCCUGGCUGACCAUGUUUGAUGCUGUGCUCAUCCUCCUGCUAAUUCCCCUGAAAGAUAAACUAGUCGAUCCCAUCUUGAAACGAAACGGCCUGCUCCCAUCAUCCUUGAAAAGGAUCGCCGUGGGGAUGUUCUUCGUGAUGUGCUCAGCUUUCGCCGCAGGGAUUUUGGAAAGCAAGAGGCUGGACCUCGUGAAGGAGAAGACCAUCAACCAGACCAUUGGGAACGUUGUGUACUACGCCGCGGACUUGCCCAUCUGGUGGCAGGUCCCGCAGUACGUGCUGAUCGGCGUCAGUGAGAUAUUCGCCAGCAUCGCAGGCCUGGAAUUCGCAUACUCGGCUGCCCCCAAGUCCAUGCAGAGCGCCAUCAUGGGCUUGUUCUUCUUCUUCUCUGGCGUCGGGUCCUUUGUGGGCUCAGGACUGUUGGCGUUGGUGUCCCUGAAGGCCAUCGGGUGGAUGAGCAGCCACACAGACUUCGGCAACAUCAACGGCUGCUAUUUGAACUACUACUUUUUCCUUCUGGCGGCCAUUCAAGGAGCCACCCUCCUGCUUUUCCUUAUCAUUUCUGUGAAAUACGACCGGCAGCGGUCGAGAGCGAACGGCACCCCCGCCAGCAGGAGGACCUGA